AUGCAUUCCCUCAAUUUUUCUGAUUUGCAAGACUACAUACAACAUAUUCCGUACAACACCAACCCGGUCGCCUUGUGCGAGCAGUCAAAUACAAAUGGCGACCCGGCCCCUUUGGAGGCUGCAAAUACCCCUUUGACUGGGUUAUCUAGCAUUUAUCAUCAACCCUCCAGGCUCCGUUUAGACCCAGAGGUGCUGGCUAGCAUCAAACGGCUUAUUGAAGAGGUGGAAGAAGAAAUGGGUGUAAACUAUCUCGACUUGGUUAAGACGCCAGAGGCGAGUGGCGCAGACAUCUACAAUAGCUGGAUAUCAACCUCACAGACUAUCCCAUUGGUACACUCUACAUCACACUCAAUACAGCAGUCAACGCCUGAAGAAAUUGAGGAUUCAUACGAUCCUCGGAAUGGAUUUGAGCCACCAGCCGCCACAGCAGCGAUACCUACACAGAUCAGUACGUUCCCAGAGCUACUAAACUCGCGGAAUACGGCUUCUUUAAGCAGAAGACGUGGUGUUGAAACAUCAAUAUCAAUGUCAAUGCCGGUAAUGGGACAGGCAGGUCCCUCUCGUUGGCAUCAAGAGGAAAGGGCAUAUGGUGAGCCGAUCCAGCCAUCGAUUGACAGGAACGUGUGGCUCGAACAUGAUAUGAAGGGAACAUCGUCAUAUCCCGAGUAUACAGAACUCCCGGGCAGUUCUACCCACAAUACGCUACGUGAUACCAUCGAUGUAUCUUCCUAUCAUCGGAAUAACGGGACGAACCGAAGCCUUGAAUUGGAUAUGGUGCCCUUACAAAAUACGCAGAAUACAAAUGGUGAUGAAAUGUCAACUCCACCACCUCCCCACGUAUGGGGAAGCGCUGAUGCAGCCCAGUAUCAGGGUAUGUUUUACGACCAUGCUCAGCCAUGGUUUCAGCCAGGUGAGGGUUCCAACACCCAUCAUCCAUCAAUGUCUUUCUCCUCAGAAAGAGAGAAGAAAGAAACAAUCAAAACAGGAUCGAUCAAGGAUGGACGCGAAGAACUUCGCUCCAGGCUCACAAAUGAGCCUGUAGAGCGUCAAGACAUCGACAAAGCCCAAACAAAUGAUGGAGGGUGCGGAGAAUGCCCAGCGGAAGGUCAUGGCCAGAAAAUUGGGAGGGACGAGAUCGCGUCUCGAAAGAGGCGACGCAAGGACUCAGACUCGGAGAUCGAGUCCGCUGGAGGCCCCCGGCAGCCCAGAAAAUCCAAGGUGAAUGAGUCUCCGGACUCCAUUCCAGGAAACAUUAGCACAGCGGUACAGGGCUCUCGGGGGAAGCCCAGAAACCUGAACCCGCGGGCGCCAGCAAUGAUGAGGUCGUACGCACACGCCUUGACUCCGCUGACGAUGCCUGAGGCAAAGGAAGGGGGGUUCAUUGCACUCGUCACUGCAGGGACAAAGGAGGCUAGCAAGGCGUUUGGCCACCACCAAAUGCCCGUCGACAUGGACAGCAUGACAAUGGUAACCGGUUUCCCCGAUGCAACCAAAAAGAAAGGAUUGAGAGGUCGUAAAAAGUUGAAGGCCAGUUAA